CCGCAGGUGGCAGUAGAGCGCUGGAGAUUCAGUGACUGCAUCGCUUCAGGGACGUCUGCUGAAGAGUGCUGUCAAAACAGGCAGUAUUGUUGGGUGUAAAGCUAUAAGAGCUGUGCUGAUGGAGCAGUGUGCGUGUGUGGAGAGAGAGCUGGAGAAAGUGCUGCACAGGUUUGUCACAUACGGACAUCAGUCAGAGGAACGACUGGAUGAGCUGCUCAGGACCGUCUGUGACCUCCGCAGUCGAUUGGUCGCCUAUGGUGUGCAGGAUGCAGAUCUGUCAGUGUUGCAUCAAACAAUGGCGCAGUGUUGCAAGGAGAUCAAAGAAAGCGUGCAGGUGCUCGCCUCACGGCACAAGGACAUCCAUGGCAGUGUUUCAAAAGUGGGCAAAGCUAUCGACCGAAACUUUGAUGCAGAAGUGAGUGCAGUUAUAGCUGAGCAUGUCUGGGAUACUCCAGAGAGGCAAAAAUACCUCAGCGAAACAAUCGUAGAGCAUUUAUAUCGACAGGGCAUGCUGAGCGUCGCUGAAGACCUCUGUCAGGAGUCUGGUGUCGUCAUUGACAUGAGCAUGAAACAGCCUUUUCUGGAGCUCAAUCGUAUCUUAGAGGCUUUAAGAACACACGAUCUGUGUCCAGCGCUGGAGUGGGCAGUGACAAACCGUCAGCGUCUGCUGGAUCUCAACAGUACACUGGAGUUUAAGCUGCACAGACUUUAUUUUAUUAGUCUGCUCAAUGGAGGAGUCGGCAAACAGCAGGAGGCUUUACAGUACGCCAGACACUUCCAACCGUUUGCCUCGCAGCAUCAGAGAGAUAUUCAGAUCUUAAUGGGCAGCCUGGUGUACCUCCGGCAUGGGAUCGAGAACUCGCCUUACCGUGGUCUUCUGGAGACGGAUCAGUGGGCAGAGAUCUGUAACAUCUUCACACGGGACGCUUGUGCGCUGCUUGGACUCUCUGUGGAGUCUCCACUUAGUGUCAGUUUUGCAUCUGGCUGUAUGGCUCUGCCUGUGCUCAUGAACAUCAAACAGGUUAUUGAACAGAGACAAUGCAGCGGUGUGUGGACACAUAAAGAUGAGCUACCAAUUGAAAUCGACCUUGGGAAGAAGUGCUGGUAUCAUUCAGUGUUUGCCUGUCCAAUACUGAGACAGCAGACGUCAGAAAGUAAUCCACCUAUGAAGCUCAUCUGUGGACACGUCAUAUCCAGAGACGCCCUUAACAAACUUACCAACGCUGGAAAGCUGAAAUGCCCAUAUUGUCCAAUGGAGCAGAAUCCCACAGAUGCCAAACAGAUUUUCUUCUGAUGUCUUUUUGGAGCAGAGCUGAAUGAAGCGUCCGAGGUCUUUCAGAGCCGCGGUUUGAACGAUUGUCAUUCGCUGGCAUUAUGAUCCUCCUGUGGCGCCACCUCCGUCUCCAAAGCUUUUAGUUUACAGAGGUCGGUGGGCAAACAUACCUGUAGUACCUGAGUCUGUAAGUGAGGGAAAGAUGUGUGUGGAUCAUUAACACGGUGUAGUAUAAACAGGCUUUUAUAAGUAUGUAUCUGUGUGUGCAUUGCUCUACAUUUAUUUCUCUUUUAAUUGCAGAGGUUUUUUUUAGGUUUUCAAGCUAUAACACCUUUCCCUUCUUUUGGUUUUGUGUGAUUUUUAGUAAGCGAUUGAGUGUAAUGCGUCUGCGCAGGUGACUUCUAGCCAGAAUAUAUCCACAGUUUCCUCUUUACAGAAAGCAUAUAAAUAACUGAAUGGGUUUAUUGCACGUGUAUCAUAGAAAUGAUUUUCAGUAUGUAUAUAAACUAUGACAGAAUAAAGGUGGAUGGAUGGAUUGGUGAAGGCCUGGUUGUUAUUGUUAGAGACCGGUGCGUGCGUGUGUGCGUGUUGUAAACAUAAUGUUGAUUGUAAAUGAAUGACGUCUCACUUCUCCAUGUAAUAAAGUGUUGGUGAUUGGACAGAAUAGUGCAUCAGUUUGAGUUUUCUGAUGACAGCCUCGUGUGCCGAUCUUUGUCAACCUCUGUGUCUAAGCCGCAUCUUUGCUCUGUGUAUUUAAAACAAAAUCUUCAAACUAUACUGCAGUGAGUUUGAUUUUCCAUCAGUAGAUCUGCAAAUGUUAUAAUGUAUUACACACACAACUCAAGAUUAGACUUCACGGCUUUGGGUUCCUCAGCUUGUGCUAAUGAAAUAAAUCCUCUGCAGGCUGCACACAAAAUAUCAAAUGAGCAUUCGAUCCCUUGCCGUGUCUAUCAUACAUUAACUGUGCGUGCGUGCGUGUGUGUGUGUGUGUGUGUGUGUGUGUUAUAGUGCCCAUUAGCUGGAGAUCUUCCAGGUGUUGCCCAUAAUUUUCCCUCAGUUUAUUUGUACAGGUGAAAGGUGGAAUAAUAUUUGAUCCCUCAGGAUAUUUCUGUAUAAUCCUCCCUGGCUUUAAUGCUGUGUAAACGCUCAUUGCUCAGCUGUAUAAAUGAACAUCUAUAUGUGCAUGCUAAUGCUGAAUGUGUGGAUUUAUAAACUCCAGAUUGAGAAGGAUUGAAUGUAAAUAAAAUUGAAAACCUUGCCCACCAGAAGUUUUCCUGACUGAGACCUGAAACCUUUCUAGUUCUCGUUGAUGUGGAGGAGGUCUACAGAGUUUAAAAGAUGAGUUUUGUUUUCUAUAAAACAUUUUUGUUUUGAAUAAAUUAAUUUAAUAUUUCUUUAUUUUGAGGAGUUGCACAUUUUAACCUGUAGCAAUGUGUGUUGGAGUGAUGAUGUGUGGCGGCUGUUGUGUGCUGAUACUACAGCCGCGUGUGUUUUCUUUUCUUUAGUAGACAAUCAUUUGUUACCUCCCCAAAUGUGUCCGAUCAAAGCAGAGAUCUGUGUUAUAACCUCAGUUUAAGGAAGUGUUGUUUUUUUUAGUUUUCAUUAAAUGAUGACUAACAACUAUUGUAAAUAUUUAUCUUCCAAUAACACAGUAUGUUUAUUAUACUUGCAUCUAAAUAAUAAAAUGAUUUAUACACAACUGUC